AUGACGCGUUGCUUAUUCAUUGCUUUCAAUAUAGCAUGUAUGAGGCAUCUCUUGACUAGUAUAUUGGCCUCGAACGCAACAAGAUCCUAUCUUGGAAAAGACUUGUCUGAAGCCUUUUUGAAACAGUAUAAAUACAACUUGGACAUGGCUCCUACAAGACUGCAGUUGCAAAAUCAGAUUCAGAGAAUGAACGAAACCUAUAAAGAGUACACUCAAAUAUGGCGAGAAAUGGUUGCUCACGUGCAUGGUAGUGACAUGGGUCAGAUAGCACAACAAAUAACAGGUUCUCGAGCACAAGGUUCCCUCCCAAGUGAAACAGUACAAAAUCCUAGAAGUCAUGAGAAUGUUAAUGUUGUCACGACAAGAAGUCAGAAAGGUUUUAAAGAUGAAGAAGAGAGGGCAACAAAGGAUGACCAUGUCAUGGAGAGAGUGACAAAGAAGGAUCCAAAAGAGACAAACCUUGAGAAAUUCAUCACAGUGUUCAAAAAGAUAGAUAGCAAUAUGCCUUUCUUUGAAGCACUCGAGAAAAUGCCCAUGUACAAAAUAUUCAUGAAAGAGGUAAUCACUGAAAAGAGAUCAAUAGAAGAUGGGUUGGUAGCCUUUAAUGAAAAGUGUAGUGAAAUAUCACCAGGUAGGAGAAUCCCAAGCAAGCAGAAGGAUCCUGGAGAGGUCACAAUCCCAUGCACUAUAAAAGACAUAUCUUUCAAGAAGGUACUAAUUGAUUCUAGAGCCAGUGUGAGUCUAAUGCCAUUGUCAAUCUACCAAAGGCUUGGUCUUGGAAAUGUAUGUGAUACAAGGACAAAUAUGAAGUUUGCAUAUCACUCCAUAAAGAAUGCAUAUGGGAUAUCGGAAGACAUAUUGGUGACAAUAGAGAAAUUUAGUUUUCCCGUUGGUUUUGUGAUCAUAGACAUACCUGAGGAUGAAGUGACACCAAUCAUUCUUGGUCGACCAUUCAUGCAGACAAGUCGAUGCAAUUUCGACAUAGACCACAAUACACUAACUUUAAAAGUUUAUGAUGAUGAAAUAACCUUGAAUGUUCUUGAAAUUAGGAAGCUAUAG